AUGGAUCAACCCGACGUUCUCAUCAUUGGCGCUGGCAUGUCCGGUAUUGGACUCGCCGUCCAGCUAGUCCGUCAAUACGGAACUCUAAACUUUGAAAUCAUCGAAAAAGACGCCGAGAUUGGCGGCACUUGGUGGGUUAAUUCCUACCCUGGCUGCGGAUGCGAUGUCCCCUCUCACUUCUUCUCAUACUCUUUUGCUCUCAACCCCGACUGGUCUCAGGCAUAUGCGAUGCAGCCCGAGAUUCACUCGUACUUUAAGGAUGUUGCGGCUCAGUAUGAGAUUGAGAAGCACGUUCGGUUCAACUCAACUGUCCAGUCUGCUCGUUGGGAUGAGACCUCUGGGACAUGGGAUGUUAUAUGUCUGGAUGCAAAGACCGGCAAACUCGCCACCCGGCGCUCCAAAGUCCUCGUUUCAGCGGUAGGAGCACUGUCUAUCCCUAAGCCAUGCACCAUUCCCGGUGCAUCAGACUUUACUGGCCGCAUCUUUCAUACAGCUCAGUGGGACCACUCGUUUGACUGGAAGGGAAAAGAGGUGGUGAUGAUUGGAAACGGCUGCAGCGCAACCCAGGCCCUCCCAGUCAUGACUGCUGGAGAUGGAGCCGUCAAAAAGGCAACGCAGUUCGCUAGACAGUCACACUGGGUUGCAGAACGUCCAAACCCGAAACAUUCAGCCUUGUUCAAGUUCGUUAUGAGAUGGGUUCCCUUUGCGAUGCGCAUCCACCGCGCGAGACUUUACUGGCAGAAUGAACGAAACUUUCAUGGCUUCAAAGUCGUCGAGGGACUCGGAAUGCGAAAUCAGUGGGAGAAAGAGGCUACUGACUACAUACGAAGGACAGCUCCGGCUAAGUACCACGAGUUUCUGGUUCCCAAGACCGAGGUUGGAUGUAAGCGAAGAGUAAACGACACGGAUUACCUCAUUUGUCUGCAUCGCGAUAAUGUCGACUUGGUCUAUAAUGACCCGAUAGAAGCCAUCGAAACAGCAGGAGUGCGCACAAAAUCAGGUCGACUAGUCAACGCCGAUGCUAUCAUCCUCGCCCAUGGAUUCGAGACCCAAACGCCCUUGUUCCCCAUGAAAAUAUUCGGGAAGGGCGGUCUUACUGUUAAUGAACACUGGGAUCAGGUCAGUGAGGGUGCAGCUUCGUCUUACUUUGGAACCUGCUUGUCCAACUUUCCCAACUUUUUCAUCAUGAUGGGCCCCAACACUCUGAGCGGGCAUCUCUCUGUUAUUUACACCUCUGAGUGUCAGAUCAACUUCACUCUAAGAGCCAUCCGACCCAUCCUAAAGAACGAAGCCGACAUUGUCGAAGUCACAGCAGACGCCGAGAAGAGGGACAUUGACGAGGUCCAAGAGAAGGCAAAGAAGUUGGUUUGGGCCACGGGGUGCACAUCUUGGUUCAUCGAGACAAAGUCGAACAGGAACACCAUCAUGUUUCCGGAUUGGCAGUUCAAGUUUUGGUGGAGAAGCCUCUUUGUGCCAUCAGGCGACUUUGAAUACCGAAAACUCGUUCGAGAGCCUCGUGCACUGGAAACAAGGACAUCAGGCCGCGGAUUGUUGGUGCUUGCUGCUGCUACUCUUGCUGUUGGUGUUGGAUCUAUUUAUCUCGAGGUUCUAAAGUGGCAUUCAUGA